GAGUUUGCUUCCAAAUGGAGACUGUUACGAGCCUGUGCUCGCUGUAGACGACUCAAAAUGAAAUGUUCAUACGAGAAUCCUUCAUUCAAGUCAUGCAUAAGAUGCCAUGCUGCUAGUGUGGACUGUUCGUUUGAAGAGGACCCAACAGCAAAAUAUGCUAAGAAGAGAAGGAAGAAAAGCGAAACAUUCAGAAAAUCAACACCUUCUCAGGCACCUCUUUCUGUUCGGGAUAAAGAAGUUCUUGGAACUUCUAUUCCUGAUAUUGCCAGUGCUCAGGAGAAAGAACAAUUGCAGGCAUUACUAAACAAUUAUAGACAAAUAUCAGAGAGUCUUAGCGAGAAAUUGCACCAUAGUGACAAGAGCAACGCCCCGUUGAUCCAGGGAAAUUAUCCACACAUUUCGUUCCAUUUGAAUCUCAUAAAACAGAUGAUUGUUACGUAUAAGUUUUUCACGGUAGAGGAAGCUCGGAAUCGUUUCCGCUUCUUUAUAGAACACAUGCUUCCUUACUAUCCCACCAUAGCGCUCUCAAAGGACUUGAAGCUGUUUGAUAAUCUUUAUGAAAACUUCCCCUUAUUGCUAAUUGCCUGUAUCUCAGUAACAGCUGUUAAUGAUAACAACCUUUCAAUAGAUCACACAAAAGUUUCCAACUCACAGUUGUACAAUCUUCUCAACCAUUAUCUUUACAGCUUCAUUUCUUACCAGGUGUAUGUGAAGUGUGAAGAUUUCAGCAUUGACCUUAUAUAUGUUUGUUUGAUCUUGUCGUGUUGGUGUCUACCCCCGAACAAGAUGGGCCAGUUCAGAAAUCAGUUGAAUUCACUAACGGCAUUCAAUAUGGGUCUAUGUAUAGAUUUAGGCGAAAUAUCCAAGUUCAAGGAUACAAUGUCUCUAGAAGACGCUUCUGUCCAACGUAAUGAUUUGCGGGCAUUGCUAGCUAUAUACUGCUGUUGUGGUUCCUUAGAGCUCUCAUUGCGUAGAUUCAAGCUAGUUUCAUGGACAAAGAAUCACGAAGCCGCCACAGAGCUUUUAAUGAAACCACAGGGUCCUGAUUUACCCACGCGGGAAGAUAGGUAUCUUGUGUAUUACUCCAAGUUUGUAUCGAUGGCUAAGGAGAUCAUAGAUUUCAUUUCUCCCAUCGCUCAGAACUACUCUAAUCUUCCCUCGAAGACAAAACCAGAAGAAUGCUCUAUUCCUGGAGUGAAAUAUGUGUUAAACUCAUACGAAAAGAAACUUCAUCAACUAUUGGGAGAAAGUGGGUUUAUGAGGGAUUGUUCUGAUGGUGAGCAGGAGCCAAAAGAAAAGCUCGUCUUAAGCAUCAUGUACCAUCAUUUGCUCACCAUUUUAUACGACAAUCUCAUCAGUAAUCUUCUUCAUGUCCACGACGAUCAUAGAAACAAUACAUCGCUAUUCCAGGGAAACGAGGUCGAAGAUUGUUUGCACAACAUCAUCAAACUUCUCAACAUCUGUGGGAAUUUGAUGAAAUGCUUCAUGAAGUUGAACUCUGAGCACACCGUAAACUACCCCACUGUUCUCUACUAUAGGCCCAUGCAUUCUUUGACUCUUCUUGUGAGGCUAAAGUUAGUGUUGAAGUCGAGCAGGUUUGCUAAUGUAGAAGGAAUCGCAGACGUAAUCAAGGAUAUCGAUAUCGAAAAGUAUUUUGCCGACAUAAGCAAGAUCAUUGUCGAAAAUCAGAAGGUGUACAACUCUGUAGUGUGCUCUAAAAUGAUGAUUAUCUUGAACAAAAUCGAGAAGUGGAUGAAGGUGUCUUCUGCCUACAACUUUAACCAGAAACCUACCAAUGGGACAUCAGACCUCAGCUUGGAUUUGGUCAAGUUGAUUAGCAUGAGCAAAGAUCAGGAGAUUGAAAGUCUAGAUCCUCCUAAGGACUUCUUAGAGAAAAAGAAAGAGACGAGCACAGCGCCAGAAGAUAGUCCAAUAGUAUAUAACCAAAAUAGCAGACUUCAAUCUCCAGAUCCGGCUGGUGCCGAUAUUGUCAAAACUUUCAGUCCUUCUAUUGAGAAAAUUUUUGAGCAAAUCGAUGCAGACAUCAUGAAUUAUUUGAAUCCUCUUGAAUCGUACUUCAAUGAUUUUGGUGGAUCGAUGGAAAUGUUUGACACUUAG